AUGUCAUUAUACAACGUAAAACGGAAAGGGUCAAACAUUACAUAUCAUGAACAGAUUUAUACUUAUAAAAAUGUAGAAAAAUACGAUGAAGAUAUACUAGAUAUUGAUAAGACAUUUUUGAAAGUUCCUUACAAGAAUUUGGAAAUAUUAAAAAGAAUAAAUAUAUAUUCAAAGUAUGAUAAGAAUGAAGAAAUAUACAAUCCUAUUAUAAAUAAAAGGAGAAGAAUUCGUAAUAAAAAAGUAUGUUCUAAUAAUUUAAUACAUGAUAUAAAAUAUAUGGAUAUAUUAAUAUGUGGUGAUAAAAAUAGUGGAAAGACGACCUUUUUAAAUUGCAUAGGUUGUAUAGAUAAUAAUAACUUGGAAAUAAAAAGUGAAUGUUAUGAAAAAGAUAAUAUGUAUCAUCAAUCAAAAAAUAAUUAUCACAAUAAUGAUAAUAAUAAUGAGCACAUUAAUAUAAAUAUGAAUAAUAAUAUUAUAUCAUAUAAUAAUUUUAAUAAUAAUCAAAUAGAUACAAAUAAUAUAUUUAAUAUAAAUUAUAAUGUGAAAAAAGAAAAUGAACAAAUUAUAUGGAAUGAUAAUAAACUCGAAUUAUUAUCUUAUAUACCAAUCAUUUUUUCUAAACUUAUUAAUAGAAAUUAUGAACAAUUCAGGAAGUCAUUUAAAAAGAAUUUUUUAGACACUGAUGUAUGUGAAAUGUCUAUAUUUAUAACAAGAGAUGAUUUAUCUUUUAUUAAUUAUGAGUUUAAUAUAUCUAAUAAUUUUUGUAAUAAGUAUUAUUUUAAUUAUAUAAAAAUUAAUUUCUGUGAAUAUGGAGAAGAUUUUUUUCAUAAAAUAAAAAGCUACUAUAAAUUUUAUUAUAAUAAAAAGAAUAAAGAUAUAAGACAUAAUAAAAUUAAAAAAAAAAAAAAAAAAAAUAAAAUAAAAAACGUAUCCUUAUUAUAUUCACCUAUGAUAGUGAAUAUGAUAGAAAGUGCUUUAUUCAGAAUAAGAGAAAUAAAAUACAUCAACUUUUUUAUAAAUUUAAAAAAGUCUUUUAUUCUUGUAAAAUGCACUACACGCCUUUACAACAUGAUCAUAAAGAAAAGAUAUAUUAAAAGAAGAGUGUUAAUAAUGAGGUAUUUCAAAAAUAUAAAGAGAACUCUUAAUAAUAUAUUAUUUUAUCAAAGAAAUAUACAUAUAUUCAAUAAUUAUAUUCAUUUAAAAAAUGAUAAUAAGCAAUUGUUUGGAAAUAAUAUAAAAUAUAAGCAAUACAUAAAUAAUAAGAAAAAAAAGAAAAAUCUUUUUGUUACAAUUAAUGAAGAAUGGUUAUUAAAAACAUUUGAAAAUAUUAAUAUAAUAAAAAAUAUAAAUAAUUAUAAUAUGAAGGACAUCCUUUUUUUGGCUAGUCGUUCAUUCAAUUUUGAAAAAUUAAGUAAAAAAUAUUAUAUAUUUUUUAAUUUAACAUAUAAUAUGAAUAUUAUAAAUAACAUUACAAAUAAGACAAAGAAAUUUAAAUUACAAAUAUUAUAUUAUAUAAUAAAUAGAUUUGUUCAUAAGAAUUGGAAAGUUUAUAAAUACAAGCAAAGAAAAAAUAAAACUACAAAUAUGUUUACAGAAAUUAUUUUUAAGUACUAUCCAAAUGAAAAGAAGAAUAAGUAUAAAGCAUCACAUAAAAAAAAAUUUAUAUAUAAUAUAUAUAAUAUAUAUAAUGCAUCACAUAAGAAUAAUAUAUAUAUAUCUACAAAAAAAGAAGAUAUGAUAAAUUUUUUAAAAUAUGACAAAUUCCAAAUUCACAAUUUUUUUAAAAUUUUUUAUGAUGAAUAUAUAUAUAAGAAUCAAAAUAAAACAUAUGUAAAAUUAUUAGAAGAUGAACAUUUUGAUCUGUGCUUUUUAUUUAUGAAAUUAUAUUUUUAUUAUCAUUUUUAUAUAAAUAAAGAAAAAGAAGAAAAAAGAAACUUGCAUAGAAAAAAAGAACCAAAAUUAAAUUUUCAGAAUUUCAUAUAUUUAAAACAAAUAGACAUUAUAAGAAAAAAUGAUGGCAUAAUCUACAAUAAUAUUUGUGUUCCUUCAUGUGUUUAUAGUUUUAUAAAUUUAUUAAAAAUGUAUUAUAAGAAUUAUCCAUUUUUUACAUUAAAAAAAAACAGUAUAUUAUUUUUAGUAAAUAUUAUCUUGUCAUCUAUUGCAUAUUAUAAAUUAAAAAAGAAAAGUUGUGAUUUUUUCAUUUCUUCAAAUAAAUGGACAGCAAAUUAUGUAUGUUAUUUUGAUAAGGCCGUGAUCAUCAAUUCCAUUGUAAAUUUGUUGGGAAAAAAAAAUGAACAUGAUGAAAAGGAAGUAAAUAAUAAUAUUAUGAAGCAACAAGAGUAUAUAAAUAAAUAUCUAUUUAUUGAUACGAAAAAAAAAAAAAAAUUGCAUUAUAUUUUGUCUUGUUUAUAUUAUAAAAAAUAUAAAAGACGUAGGAAUAUUUUACAAGGAAUAAUUAAAAAUGUAGAUAUUAAUAAUAUACCACCUUAUAUUAUAAUAAAUAAUAUAAAAACACAUUGGUUAUAUAUUAAAAAAUAUAUGAUCAAUUUAAAUAUAUGUUCAUAUCAUAAUCAAUAUAUGUAUAAAUAUCCAGAUAUAUCUUAUGAUAUUAUAUUAUAUUUUAAUGAUAAUAAUAAAAAAAAUUUCUCUUUUAAUAUAAAUGAGCAAAAUAAUUAUCCUAAAAUUUCAUUCAAACCUAUAUAUAAAAAUACAUAUACACAUAUUAAAAAAAAUGAUGAAGAUAAAAGAAGAAAAAAAAAAUCUAUAUUACAUUUCCCAUUUAAUCAUAAAGUACUAAAAUAUUUUAGUGAUACCUUUCAAAACAUAAAUGACAAUAAAGAGCAUGAAUCAUUAUUACAAUAUUUAUAUGGGAGCUUUUCUAACCUUCUUGCAAAUUUAUUGACAUAUAUUAACAAGGAAAAAUAUAAAAACAAACAUAAACGUAUAAACCUGUUAGUAAGAAAUAAUAUUUUUUUAUUACUCAAUUAUGUAAUGGAUAUAUAUUAUAUUAUUCAAUAUACUUUUCGAGGAAGAAGAAAUAAAAAAAAAGUCAAAUUAAAGGACAAAAAAUUAUAUAUUACCAUAAAUAAUUCAAAUGAUACAUAUAUAAAUGAAACGAAUAUACCAAAUAAUUCUCUUCUUUUAAAAGAAGAAAAAAAAAUUACUUUUCAUAUUUAUAAAAAUGAUCCUUUGUUUAAUUCUAUUUAUUUUUUAUGGGAAGACUUAAAAAUUAAUGAAACACAAAAGAAAUUGAUACAAACAUAUUUAGAACAUUUAAGGGAACAUUUUUACUUUUCAAUAUAUGCAUAA